AUGUCCUUGGAUCCAGCUGCCGAUUUUCUUGCAGGGGCUCUCUCUAAACCCACAAUUAGAAUGGUGCCAAGCAAUGUGGUAACCAGUGGGAACCAGGUGACCAUCUUCUGUGAAGGAUCCUUACAUGCCCAGGAAUAUUGUCUCUACAAAGAAGGAAGUAAAGAUUACUGGAUGCCAACAACCCCUUUAAAAACUGAGAACAAAGCCAGGUUCUAUAUUUCAUCAAUUCAGUGGGCCCAUUCAGGCCGAUAUUGGUGUUCCUAUAAAAGCCUCAUUAACAUGUCAGAAUGGAAAAGUGACAUCAUGGAACUUGUGGUGACAGGUGUUUACCGAGGCAAAGUCACCCUGUCAGCCAUUCCCAAGUAUGUUGUGAUCUCAGGAGAGCAUGUGACCCUUCAGUGUUUCUCAAAAGUGGCCUAUGACAGGUUCAUUCUAAUGAAGGAAGAUGAGAAGCUCUCCAUGGCUGUGCCAGCACGGAAAAGAUACACUGGGAGAUUCCAGGCCAUGUUCACAGUGGGUCCUGUGACUCCCAACCAGAGAUGGAGGUUCACAUGCUAUGGAUAUUACUUGAGUAAUUCCCAGAUAUGGUCACUUCCCAGUAACCACCUAGAUCUCUUGGUCCCAGAGUCCAAAGACCAAUCAUCCACCACCACUGAGAAUGCAACAGAACUUGGCCACAAAUCGUGUAUAGUGACCUACAACAUUGGUGACCUCUGCUACGUCAACUAUACUCCAGUGGAUAGCCACACACCCAAGAGUAUACAGGCAGCGUUCAUUAACGAAUUUGCUAGAGACAACUACAAGCACAUGGAAGGAGCCUACAGGCUGAAAGACAUCUUAGUCUAUAAAUGCUCGCUUUGUCCUUACUACGUUUUCUAG